AGGCCUGGGACUUACCCGCACCUCUUUCUCGGAACGUGAGCGAGCUGCAGCGCGGGCAGCUGGCACCUCUUUGCUCCUAGAGCUGGGGGAGGGAGAUGACGGUGAUUCCCUCCGUGCUUGACCCACUCAGAACACCGAAUACCCUUCUCCUCGCGGCCCCGGGGCUGCAGACGUAGCAGCUAAAUCAGAGAUGAAAUGGUCAGAAGUGGUUUGUGGAUAGCAGUUCACAAGCUAUUCUUUCUUUCUUUCCUUCCAGAUAUCUGAUUGGAGUCGGAGGGUGAAACGAAAAUGAAUUCUCUUUCUGAUUUACGUGCAGAGAACGUAAAUGUUGCCAUCAAUCUCACCACAGCUUUGUCCUCACCAGUAGCACAUGGAUUGAAUUCCACUGGUGACCCACCUUCAAUGUCAAUAACGAGACUCUUCCCAGCCUUGCUAGAAUGCUUUGGCAUCGUCCUUUGUGGCUACAUAGCAGGAAGGGCCAAUGUCAUAACAUCCACACAAGCCAAAGGACUGGGAAAUUUUGUCUCUAGAUUUGCUCUUCCAGCUUUACUAUUCAAAAACAUGGUUGUCCUUAAUUUUUCCAAUGUAGAUUGGUCUUUUCUCUAUAGUAUUUUAAUUGCCAAAGCUUCUGUAUUUUUCAUUGUAUGUGUAUUGACCCUUUUGGUUGCCAGUCCUGAUAGCCGAUUUAGUAAAGCAGGACUGUUUCCUAUUUUUGCCACACAAAGUAAUGACUUUGCACUGGGAUACCCUAUAGUUGAAGCUUUAUAUCAAACAACAUACCCAGAAUAUCUCCAGUAUAUUUACUUGGUAGCACCAGUGUCACUUAUGAUGUUAAACCCAAUAGGGUUUAUCUUUUGUGAAAUCCAGAAGUGGAAAGACAGUCAAAAUGCAUCUCAAAACAAAGUAAAAAUUGUGGGACUUGGACUUCUGCGUGUAUUACAGAACCCAAUAGUAUUCAUGGUCUUCAUUGGCAUUGCUUUCAAUUUUAUUCUUGAUCAAAGAGUGCCUGUUUAUAUGGAAAAUUUUCUUGAUGGACUUGCUAAUUCUUUUUCGGGAUCAGCCCUUUUUUAUCUUGGUCUUACAAUGGUAGGAAAAAUCAAGAAACUGAAGAAGUCAGCAUUUGUUGUUUUGAUUCUUCUCAUCACAGCCAAACUCCUGGUGCUGCCACUUCUAUGCAGAGAAAUGGUGGAACUCUUGGACAAGGGCGACAGUGUAGUGAACCAUACAAGUUUAUCGAAUUAUGCGUUUUUGUAUGGUGUCUUUCCUGUAGCACCAGGAGUGGCUAUCUUUGCAACACAGUUCAACAUGGAAGUAGAGAUUAUAACCUCAGGGAUGGUCAUAAGCACAUUUGUGUCUGCUCCAAUCAUGUAUGUUUCUGCCUGGCUACUGACCUUUCCCAGCAUGGACCCUAAGCCGUUAGCAUAUGCCAUUCAGAAUGUCAGUUUUGAUAUAAGCAUUAUCAGUCUGGUCUCCCUGAUUUGGUCAUUGGCUAUUCUCCUUUUGAGUAAGAAAUAUAAACAGCUUCCUCAUAUGCUUACAACUAAUUUACUCAUCGCUCAGUCUAUUGUCUGUGCUGGAAUGAUGAUAUGGAAUUUUGUUAAAGAAAAAAGUUUUGUUGGCCAAAUCCUGGUGUUUGUUCUAUUGUACAGCUCCCUCUACAGCACUUACCUGUGGACAGGACUUUUGGCCAUUUCUUUGUUUCUUUUGAAAAAGAGAGAGAGUGUACAAAUUCCUGUUGGAAUCAUCAUCAUAUCUGGCUGGGGGAUUCCUGCUCUCCUUGUUGGCAUUCUUUUGAUAACUGGAAAACAUAAUGGAGACAGCAUUGACUCUGCUUUCUUUUAUGGAAAGGAACAGAUGAUCAUCACAGCAGUCACCCUGUUCUGUAGCAUUGCUGUUGCUGGCGUGUCACUCAUGUGUAUGAACCGCACUACCCAAGCAGGAAGCUAUGAAGGUUUUGACCAGUCUCAGGACCACAAAGCAGCAGAACCCAGCAGCGCUGCUUUUGAGGAGAAUCCAGGUCCAUUAAGUGAACCUGAACCUUGUCCAGCUUCUCUUCCAGAGACAAGUUGUUGCUCCUGCUCCUGCUCCAUGGAAAAUGGUGAGUUGCGCUGUCCAUCCAUAGAGCCAAUGGCGAAUACAAGCACCAGCAGGCCAGUGACUCCUUCCUUGGAGAAAAAUGAUCAUUGUGUGAGUCGCUGUAAUUCCCAGAGCUGCAUUUUAGCCCAAGAGGAAGAGCAGUAUCUGCAGAGUGGAGACCCACAACUGACUCGCCAUGUGCUGCUGUGUUUACUCCUCAUUAUUGGCCUGUUUGCUAAUCUUUCUAGUUGCUUAUGGUGGCUAUUCAACCAAGAGCCAGGGAGACUCUAUGUGGAGUUACAGUUUUUCUGUGCAGUGUUCAACUUUGGCCAGGGAUUUAUUUCCUUUGGAAUCUUUGGAUUGGACAAACAUUUAAUUAUUCUGCCAUUUAAAAGAAGACUUGAAUUCCUAUGGAACAAUAAAGACACAGCAGCAAGCAGGGAUUCUCCUGUUCCUGAGGAGAUAAAAAUGACCUGUCAACAGUUUAUACAUUAUCACCGGGACCUCUGUAUCCGAAAUAUUGUCAAAGAAAGAAGGUGUAGUGCAAAGACUUCUGCAGGCACCUUCUGUGGCUGUGACUUGGUGAACUGGCUAAUUGAAGUGGGACUUGCGGCUGACCGUGGCGAAGCAGUGAUUUACGGAGAUAGACUGGUGCAAGGCGGAGUCAUCCAGCAUAUCACCAAUGAGUAUGAAUUCCGGGAUGAGUACUUGUUUUACCGAUUUCUUCAAAAGAGCCCAGAACCGAGUCCUCCAGCCACUCUAGCAAGCACUCCACAACAGGAGAGAUACAAAGUAAUUGAACAAUCUUCCCCAUCUCCCAAGGCCUAAAUGGUGAAGGCAUGAACUGCACCAGGAGUUGAUCUAGCCCAGAUCUUGAUCUGCUAGCCAUUGGUCCUGGGUAAAUCACUCUGUAUCUGAGCCUCAGUUGUCUCAUCUUUAACAUUGAACAGGUUGUGCUCCCCAUAACAUCCCCAUAACAUCAUGUUAAUUUUGAUCUGUAUUGAAACUGGGCUGGAGUGAUAAGAUAAUACAGCAGGUAGGGUGUUUGCCUUGCAUAUGGCCAACCCAGGUUCAAUCCCUGGCAUCUCGUAUGAUCCCCUAAGCAUGGUUACGAGGAUGUUCUGCACACCGCUGGAUGUGAUCCCAAAAUCAAG